AUAUUUAGAAAAUCAAAAAUGUUAUUUCACGAUUUGUAUGUGACUAAUAGUAAUUGUGUUCAUAUAUAAAGGGUACACGAAAAAGAUUUCGUCAUUUUUAGACCUCACGCGUCCGAUUUAAGUUAUAAAACGUAAUACUAGAAUUUUCUAUAAUGGAAUUUCCUCAUAUUGGAAAAAACUGUUGCUACAAGACGUGCAACAAACUUGACUUCCUGCCUAUGAAAUGCGAUGCUUGUCGGCAGGUAUACUGUUCUGACCACUUCACAUAUGUAAAACACGAUUGUCCAGCACCAAAUACAAGAGACGUUCAAGUCCCUGAAUGCCCUCUAUGUGGAAAACCGGUACCAGGGAAAAGGGGCGAGCCUCCAGAUGUAGCCGUCGGUGCUCACAUUGAUAAUCAAUGCACAUCAGACCCAGCUAGAGAAAGACGGAAUAAAGUGUUUACAAACAAAUGUUCAUACAAAGGCUGCAAAACGAAAGAAAUGGUGCCUCUUGUGUGUGGGGAAUGCUCACUCAACUACUGCUUACGGCAUCGGCACGCAGCUGACCACGCGUGUGAAGGCAAAUUUGCUGCAAAGAGAAGAAAAGCAGCUGAAGCAGCAAUGGCGCGAAUGAAGGCGAAUGAAAACAAAAUAGCAAAUGUGAGACAAAUACCAAGUGGUGUUACGACAGCUGACAUACAAGGAAAUAUGACUGAAGAUGAAGCAUUGGCCCAUGCCCUGGCGCUAUCACUACAAGAUGAAGGAUCUAGUGUUCAAAGUAAUGAUGCCAUGAGGAGUAUGAGACAGCGAGUGGGUGGUGAACCUAAUUCUAGGUGUAGUGUAUCUUAGCAGCUCUAAAUGAAGACCUAUAAAAAUAUGAAUGACGGGUUCAAGGAAA